AUGACUUGGAGCCUUGAUCUGAUGUUGAGUGUAUCAAAUUUCUUACAACUUAUUAGGAUAGAAAUUUCUCAAGACAUGUUUUUGAAUAUUUCAAGCGGAGGUCUUGAGAUAUUUUGCACAGCAAACGUCAGACACAUAUCCAAGCAAAGUAAUAAAAUGGACAAUAAAACUUGGACAAAACAAAAAUAUUCAUAUUCUGCGAAGAAAUUUCAAAAGCCCCAACCUUUAUUUACGAAAACAGAGGAAGUUGAUUGGAAUGAAAGUAUCCAAGGAGUUCUCAGUUAUCAAAAGAGCUUACAAACACAUGCAUGUCGCUAUCGGUUUCUUAAGUAUCAAAACAAAAGUGAAUGCUGA